UUGGAGUAUGGAACAUCGAGUUAUUAUAUUUUGGUGUUGUUGUGUACUGUUGAACCUCUGCCAUGUACUGCACUGUACAACAAGUUUUAAAGUGACCCCAAGAUUAAUAAGAAAAACAAGGGAGAAAAGAGAGAGUUACAUGUCUCUCCAGAUAGAACUUCAGAUGCUGGACAGGGGACCAAUCUUACUAAAUCUAAACAGGAAUGAAGGGUUGAUGCUAGGGUCUGGAGUAGUGGAGUAUGUCUAUGCAAAUGGAACCAAAACAAUUGAACCUAUUCUUGCAAGAGAAUCCCUGGAUUGCCUCUACAUAGGAUCUGUGGACAAGGAGAUAUCAAGCCUAGUUGCGGUUAGUGUCUGUGAUGGUAUAUCUGGAUAUAUACAGAGAGAGGAAGAUGGAUAUAUCAUUAAACCUUGUACUGAGAACCCAACCCUUGAGUCAGAACACUCUAUGGAGAUCAUUCCUCCGUACAUUAGGAAUCCACAGGAGAAGAAGGAUAAUAUGAACAACCCCGAUCUUAGAGAAAGCGAGAUACAUAAAGGAUUCGGAACCUUAGUUGAAGAGUACACGGGUAUGACAGAAGGAGACAGGAACAGUACUCUAAGUCUAUCCGGAGAACAGAACAGCACUUUAGGUAUAUCCGGAGAACAGAACAGCACUUUAGGUAUAUCCAGAGAACAGAACAGCUAUUUAGGUCUAUCCGGAGAACAGAACAGCAUUUUAGGUCUAUCCGAAGAACAGAACAGCACUUUAGGUCUAUCCGAAGAACAGAACAGCACUUUAGGUCUAUCCGGAGAACAGGAAAGUACUCAAGGUGUACCAGGAGAACAUGAAAGUGCUCUGAAUGUGGCAGGCGAACAGAACGGUAUUCAACGUUUAUCAGGAGAACAGAACAGUACUCAAAGAACAAAAGAACAGGACAGUACUUUAACUGCUGCGCAAGUUCUAAACCGAUCCCGGAGAAGUCAGAAAGAUGAGUUAAUUACGAACUCUGGCUUGAGUGGGGAUGAGGAUGUAUUUCAUUGGUACGAUGUGAACCUGGAUGACGCAAUGGCUGAGACGGAUUCUAACUCUGACCUGGAUUGGAUGGGUCAUGUACUAGGUGAUGUUUGGCAGGUUGAUACUGCCGCUGCUCGGAGAAAAGUGCAAAGACAGAAAGGACAUAUUGUCUGUAACGGACCCUACUGUGAGUACUUUAGAGUAAAGAAGGACGAACCCAAAUGGUUGGAAACAGCUUUAUAUAUUGAUCAUUCAGUUAUUCAAUUCCAUGGCAAGGAUACUGUGAAGCAAUAUAUUCUAACCCUGAUUAAUAUAGUUAGUGCUAUAUACGGAGAUCCAACCCUGGGAGCCAACCUCAAGUUUGUGAUUACAAGAAUGAUCUUCUAUGAUGAUGAAUCUAUAAAUCCAAUAGUGGAAGAUGAUUCUAAAGCUUCUCUGGAGAACGUGAACUCCUGGAACACUGCUGUCUGGAGAGGUCUGGAUAAGGGUGAGAGGCAUGAUAUCUCGGUUUGGUUAACAAGAAAGAAUAUCGGAGGUCCGUCUGGAUACGCUCCUGUCUCCGGAGUCUGUGAUCCGGAGAGAUCUUGUUCUCUGAACCGAGAUGAGGGCUUGUCCAGUGCAUUCAUCUUGGCACAUGAGCUGGGACAUAUUCUGGGUUUAUCUCAUGAUGGAGAUCUAGGAGCAGGGAACACCUGCUCCAAGGAGUCCAACGAGGGGAGUAUCAUGGCCUCUAUGGUGGCAGCAACCUUCUCCUACUUCCAUUGGUCCUCCUGCUCUGCCGGAGAAUAUCAUUUCAAGUCUAACCAAUGGUCUUGUAUGAGAAACAAACCUAAAUCUACCUUCAACUAUACAUUUAUCAGUGAGAAAAUUGAGUACGAGUACAGUCUAGAUGAUCAGUGCCGGAUGGAGUUUGAUCAGGGAUACUCGUUCUGUCGGAGUUUUCAACUCUCUGAUCCUUGUGCCCAUCUUUGGUGCACUCAUAACAACAACCCGGAGCUUUGUAAGACUAAGAAAGGUCCGCCCAUGGACGGGACGGCUUGCGGUAAGAAUAAAUGGUGCAUAAACGGAUACUGUGAAUCUACAAGUAAGAGUUUAGAAAGUAAGGAUGGGUUGAGACACAAUGCUCUCUCCGGGGGCUGGAGCAGCUGGAGUAGAUGGGGAGAUUGUACCCGAACCUGCGGAGGAGGUGUUAGUUUCCGAACCCGGAGAUGUGAUAAUCCCAGACCGUCUUACGGAGGUAAACCCUGUCCUGGUAUUUCUGAAGAGUAUCAGCUUUGCAACAUCUACAGAUGCAUUAAAUAUGAAGAUUUCAGAGCAGAUCAAUGCAACACAACCUUCCAGCUCAUCACCGGAGAUUCAACCCACAAAUCUCAAGAAUGGUUGCCAUAUGAACACGAAGAUUUAAAAUAUAAAUGUAGGCUUGCCUGUUAUAAUACUAAAACUAAAGAACACGUGAUGACAGAUGAUCAUGUGAUCGACGGAACACCGUGCUCCUAUGAUCAUCCCAGUAAUAUCUGUAUCCAAGGAACCUGUGUGGAGGUUGGGUGUGAUAAAAUACUUGGAUCUCCGCUAGAAGAAGACCAGUGUGGAAUUUGUGCCGGAGACGGGACGAAAUGUAUCACUGAGAGAGAAACUAUCCAGAGAAAAGUGAACAAGAUGUUCACCAAAGUAUUCCUUCUCCCUGCGGGUUCAAGAUGGCUCGAGGUUCAGAAAAUAUCUGGGGAUAAAGUUCAUCUAGUCAUGAAAGAGAGAAAAGGCUCUUCUUUAUUCCUAGACGGAACUACCAUCAACUCCGGGUACAAAUCUCUCAUAGUACACGGAGCAAAGUUUGAGUUCAAGAGUGUGCAUGGACGAGAGUUUGUAACUGCUCGAGGUCCUCUCCUAGCUCCCAUACUGGUUGGGUUGACAGGGGUAGAAGGAGAGGAAGGAGAAGUUUACAUCAAAUAUACAUACGAACCUAAAGAAGACACUCUCUCCAGUAGAUCAAGGUACGAAUGGCAGACCCGAGGCUGGUCAACAUGUUCCGAGGAUUGUGGAGGAGGAGUUCAGAAGAUGAUUAUACGAUGCUACGAUAGCAUCACAGGGAACAGGGUUCAGAGAAAACAUUGCGGAGUAAAAAGAAACCGUCCCAGGACGGAGCAUCGGCCCUGCAACACGUUCCAGUGUGAGGCCGAGUGGGUGGAGGGAGACUGGGAGAACUGCGACCAAACCUGUGGGAAAACUGGAACUCAAUACAGAGAGGUGUUUUGCUUGCCCAGCCAUGAGAAUAGAACAGAUCAAAUCUGGAGAAACAUGGUGGAUGUUAGAUUCUGCGUCCAACCAAAACCAGAACAGAUAAGAGAGUGCAAUCGUGUUCCCUGUCCUGUCUACUGGUUGGAGCAGGGUUGGGGACCUUGUUCAGUAUCUUGCGGAGCAGGGUACAUGAGUAUGCUGUACACGUGUCCUGGACAUGGACAGAAUGUUUGUGGAUCAAGAUCUAUUCAUAGAACAGUUUGUAAUCCUGGAGACUGCUCUACACCUUGCAGGAAGGAUCAGUCUCCCGUUUGUAAGAGGAAAGAAAUGCGAAAAUACUGUGAUAUUCCGGCAUACAGGGAUCGUUGUUGUGAAACCUGCUCCUAAAUUUUCAACACCUGUUCUGAUAAUUAAUAAAAAUAAAAAUUCAAUAUUUUA